AUGGACACCAUACGCGAGUCACCUUUGGGUCAACUUUUACGAGCGAUUACCGGGAAUAAGAUUCUACUUUAUCCGGAGGAAAAGCCCGGAUUUGUUCUACCGGCGAAUUUAGAAGAGAAAGGACACCCGAUUGAAUCCGAUCAUAGUCUUAGCGACUCCCCCAUAACUCCAGCGCCGGCUUCGUACUUCCCGCCGGGUGCCAAUUCGGAGGGAGGACACACGCAAGAUGAUACGAACAAUAUAGUCGGUUGGUACGGACCAAACGAUCCAUCGAACCCGAGAAACUGGUCGUCAUGGAAGAAAAGACUUGUUACCUUUCAGAUAUGUUUGUAUACAUUCGCCAUAUAUUCUGGCUCAUCAAUCUAUGUGCCAGCCGAACCCCAGGUAAUGGAAUAUUUCCAAGUCAGUCAGACGAAGGCUUCAUUGGGGUUGGCAUUAUAUGUCUUAGGCUAUGGCCUGGGUCCGUUGCUCUUCUCGCCCAUGAGUGAGGUUCCAUUAUAUGGUCGCAACAUCCCGUAUAUUACCUCCUUCAUCAUCUUUGUUAUACUAUGUGUCCCCACCUCUUUGGUAGACAACUACGCCGGCUUUAUGGUUCUCCGGCUUCUUCAAGGCUUUUUCGGGAGCCCCUGCCUGGCAAGUGGUGGUGCCUCGAUGGGAGAUAUGUACUCGGAUAUUUACCUACCGCUAGGAUUGACCAGCUGGGUUGCUGCGGCGUACGGUGGACCAGCACUUGGUCCGGUUUUGUCGGUCUUUUCAAUCGCCAAAAAGGGAUGGCGGUGGGCAAUGUGGGAAAUUCUUUGGAUGAGUGCACCCAUCCUUAUCCUUAUGGCCUUCUGUCUUCCAGAGACCUCGGCCGAUAAUAUCCUCCUCCGCCGUGCACAGCGACUACGCAGAGUUACUGGGAACACAAAGCUUUUCUCGCAAUCCGAGAUUACGCAGAAUUGUCAAAGAUUUUACAACAUGCUUCUUGACUCUCUAGUUAAACCUGUCGAGAUAAUGGUUAAAGAUCCGGCCAUACUGUUCGCCAAUGUCUACACCUCCUUGGUUUAUGGAAUCUACUACUCAUUCUUCGAGGCAUUUCCGUUGGUCUAUCCGGCCAAAUAUGGGUUUGAUGCUAAGGAUGUUGCGCUAAUCUUCAUCUCAAUCGUUAUUGGCUGUGCGAUUGCAGUUGUUGUCUAUAUUGUGUAUCUCUAUACUAGUCUCAUGCCUGAUCUAAAGGCCAACGGCAGACGUCCACACGAGCACCGCUUACCCCCUGCUCUGUUUGCUUCUUUUGGUCCAACAAUCGGACUUUUUAUUUUCGCCUGGACUACCAAUGGAAAUAUCCAUUGGGCUGUUAGCGCCCUCGGUAUUGUCCUAUAUGCAGGAUCUGUCUUCAUCGUGUUGCAAUGCGUACUUGUCUACCUGUCGCUUGUGUACCCAAAGUAUGAAGCUUCACUAUUUGCAGGAAAUGAUAUAUCACGAUCUGCGGUCGCGUUCGCGUUCAUCCUUUUCUCCCGGUUCAUGUUCAUUGACCUUGGGAUUGGCAAAGGGGUGACUCUGUUAGCUGGCUUGAGCGUCCUAGGAAUUAUUGGCAUGUUUAUUCUCUACAUUUGCGGUGCAGGUCUCCGUGCUAGAUCUAGAUUUGCAGAGCAUAGCUAA